ACCACCGCCAGCAACACAACAGUACUUCCUCCACCAGACACGCCCCCACCCCCUGGUGCAUUCACAGUCACCCGGAACAGUCGGACACCCAAGAGCACAACGUCAACAUGAAAACGUCAGGGUCGCUACAAUAUGCUCUGGAUCAGAGGUGGGAUGCAGUCGGGAUCUCGAAAUUUUCCAUUGCGUAACAGAGCUUAGGAGAUCGUGAGAUUUUUUGAAAAAUGACGCCGAAUUCGUCGCCGAUUCAAAGCGCGACAUUCGGCGUCGGUGUGAACGUAGCAUCAUCAAUGUUCCGUCAGCGUGUAGCGCGUCUGUUCAUGGAGUGAAUCGUGCAAAGGGGAGCUGAGACGGAGCGCAGCUUGGCGGCGUGUGAUGAUAGGAGACACGAUGACACUCUUGUCACUUUUGGGUCGGAUCAUGCGUUAUUUUCUCCUCAGGCCGGAGACGUUGUUCUUGCUAUGCAUCAGCCUGGCCCUGUGGAGUUAUUUCUUCCACACGGACGAGGUGAAGACCAUCGUCAAGUCGAGCCGGGAUGCCGUCAAGAUGGUGAAGGGCAAAGUGGCGGAGAUGAUGCAGAACGACCGCCUGGGAGGCCUCAGUGUGCUGGACGCAGAGUUCUCCAAAACAUGGGAGUUCAAGAACAACAACGUGGCCGUGUAUUCUAUACAAGGGAGGCGAGACCACAUGGAGGACCGCUACGAGGUGCUCACCGACAUCACCAACAAGAGCCACCCGUCCAUAUUUGGCAUAUUUGACGGUCACGGUGGAGAGGCAGCAGCAGACUACGUGAAGGCCCACCUCCCUGAGGCCCUGAAGCAGCACCUGCAGGCAUUUGAGCGGGAGAAGAAGGAGAACCCUCUUUCCUAUGCCAGCAUCUUAGAGCAGCAUAUCCUGAAUGUGGACCGAGAGAUGCUGGACAAGCUGUCUGCCAACCAUGAUGAAGCAGGAACCACAUGUCUGGUGGCCCUGCUGUCCGACAGAGAACUCACAGUGGCCAACGUGGGUGACUCUCGUGGUGUGCUGUGUGACAAAGAUGGAAAUGCCAUUGCGCUAUCACACGACCACAAACCCUAUCAACUCAAAGAGCGCAAGAGGAUCAAAAGAGCAGGCGGCUUCAUUAGUUUUAACGGAUCUUGGAGAGUUCAGGGAAUUCUGGCCAUGUCCCGCUCUCUCGGGGACUAUCCACUGAAGAACCUCAACGUGGUCAUCCCCGAUCCAGAUAUUAUGACCUUUGAUCUGGAUAAACUGCAGCCGGAGUUUAUGAUCUUGGCGUCAGACGGCUUGUGGGACGCUUUCAGUAACGAGGAGGCAGUGCGGUUUGUCCGUGAGCGCCUGGACGAGCCUCACUUUGGUGCCAAGAGCAUCGUCCUUCAGUCGUUCUACCGAGGUUGCCCCGACAACAUCACUGUCAUGGUGGUCAAGUUUAAAAGUGGGAUGGGAGGGAACAAGGCUGGGGACUAGGUCAAGUCCAUGGGACAUACAAUAGAACAGGAGGACAGAGAUAGGACAAAGCAUGAAUACUGUACCAGCUGGACAAAUACCUGAUUAUGUUUGGCUCUUAUAUUUCAGACACAAAAAAAAAUACACAACCAGCACAUACUAGACUGGCCUCACAGGCGCUUCUUCACAAGAAACAAUUAGUGCCUAAUCACACUUUACUUUGCGGCUGCAGGGCGUGAAAGAAAAUGUCUGGGGAAACACCAACAAACAUUUUUCAUAUUUCCCAAAAUCGUGACCUCCACUCCAGUCCACCUGCCAUAAUCUUCAGGUGCUGACUACACUUGAACAAUCCGCCACACCUCAAAUUAAUGUCUCUUUUCCACAACACGGCAUUUGUAAAGCUGAGGUUUACAGAGGCUGUAAUACAAUAUGUAUUAUAAUACACAAUAUACAGUCUAUAUACGGUAAUGUCAUGCAUUAAUACAAAUAAAGGCCUCUCCCCAAAUAGACACUUCUCACUAUCUGCAGUUAAGUAAAUAAAUCCACCUGUGGCCACUAUGAGUAUGGAAUAAUUUGUCAUUCCUUCCAAAAUAUGAUCAGUACAACUUCAUGAUAAAAAAUAAUUUUCUUACAUAUCAGCAGUUUUAACCUGCAAUUCCUCAGUAAAAGAGGUUUUAAUGUAUAGAAUCAGAUCGGAUUCAGUACUCUGACCUUUAUUUCAUGCUCGUGCACGUCAAUGGAGCUCAUGAACAAAAUACACUCUGGCAGCACAUUAAGCAGCAGCUAUGAGUUACAUUGCACUGCAGUGCAGCUGCAGCGCUACAGUGCAACAGUAAUAUGAGAAGCUCCUCGGGCAAUAGGGCUGGGGGUGUCAGCUAAAAUUACGGUAAACCAUGACUCAUCACUGAAAAAGUGUUUUCACUGGAAUUUCGUAGGAAAACCUAAAGUUUUUAGGACACAGUAUUCCGUGCAGUUUUUCAUUUAAAAUUCUCUUGAAAACUGGCUCCUUUAUGAAAAAGUCCAAAGCAUUGUCCCCCUUCCCCCCCGAACUUGACCUUUAUAUGCCUUACUGGGGUUUCUUGUGUUGAGCAGAUUGCCAAGUCUGUUUACUGAAUAGUCAUUUUUGUUGUUGUUUUUACAAUAAAAUACAUACUCACUUUAUUUUGAGAGAGAUUUCAUCAUUCAUCACGAUGGCCUCACAUUCAGUAUGAAAAAAAUCUUUACAUGAAAUACCACAAUUGCUCGUAAUGAUUUGGAGUGCAUGACAAAGGUGUGGGUGCGUGGGUCUUCUCCGGGUACUCCUUUUCCUCCCACAUUCCAAAAACAUGCUAAGUUAAUUGGCGACUCCAAAUUGUCCAAAGGUAUGAGUGUGAGUGUGAAUGGUUGUUUGUCUAUAUGUGCCCUGUGAUUGGCUGGCCACCAGUCCAGGGUGUACCCCGCCUCUCACCCGGGAUAGGCUCCAGCAUAUCCCCGCAAUCCUAAUAAGGAUACACAGUAUUGAAAAUGGAUGACUGGAAUACUAAAAUAGUUGUUAAUUGGGUAAUUGAUUAAUCUUUGAUUCAUUGUUGCUACAUAUCUAUUUACUAAAUCUGGAAAAAGCCGGGAAUAGUAUGGAAUUUUCAAAUGUCAAAUCCAUGUAAACCCUGUAUAUCGGUUUAAAUAAAGUGAAAAUCACUGAAUUUGCACAUUUCAUGAUCAAUUACAGGGCAAAAACUUAGGAUGAGCUGCCAUAAUACACCAUAACCUUCUA